AUGACAAGACAAGAAAGUCGUGACGCCCGAGGAAAUGCAUGUGAUCAGAAGGCCUUUAGUGUGCACAUCCAAAGAUCCUUGAAAGCAACAGGACAGUUUGAUAAGGUGGUAUCACAUGGACAGUUCUGUGAAACGAGAGAACCUGUGACUGUGUUUUCACAUCAAGCUACAAACAAUGAGAUGAGUGCAACAGAAAAUGCCUACGAGGGACAGCUGCAAACAUCUGUACUCACUAACAAUGUGGAUGCCAAAGAUGUCACUACUGUUCAACAGGACACAAGUUUAAAUAAUGGACUGAAAGCUAAACCAAAGAAACAUGUCAGUUUUCCUUCAGGGGGAGAGAUCGUCUCUGGAUCAGCAGAACCCUGGAAUCCAUGGGAAGCUGCUGGCAGUUUUACAGCGGAUGAGAUCAUCACAUCCUACAAAUUAAGCUGUGAGAAACUUGGUGUACAGCCUAUUCAUAAAUUGCUGACACAACUGCAGAAUAUCACAGAGGUACAUCAUAGGAUCAAAUGUUUAUAUCUGAAAGGUGAAAAGUUAGACUAUGAGCGUUGUGAAGCCCUUGAAGAGAUCUUCAAAAGGAUACAGUUUAAACUGAUUAACUUGGAAUGGGUGAAGCUGGAUGAAAAUGGGGCUUCCGCUUUGUUUGAUAUAAUGGAAUACUAUGAUUCAGCAGUACACCUCAACAUCUCCUUCACCAAACAUAUUGGAAGCAGGGGCUGGGUGGCAGCAGCUCAGCUGAUUAGAAAGAGUAGCAGUUUGAAAGAGUUUGCGGCCUGUGGCAUUCCCUUGACAGAGCGCAACGCACGUUCAGUGGCACAAGGCCUGAAGUUUAACAAUCACCUGAGGGUAUUACGUCUGGAUAAUGCCAGUAUAAGUGGUCGGCCUCUGAUGCUGCUAGUUUCUGCCCUGAAUGCGAACCAAAUGCUACAGGAACUCUACUUGGCAGAUAACAAACUGAACAGCAUUCAGGAUUCCAUGUACCUACGAGAGCUGUUGCAAUCUAACUGUACCAUAAGACUGUUAGACCUCAAAAACAAUUCAAUCUUCAACACAGGACUGGAAGAUAUCUGUGAAGGUCUAAGAAGACAGAAGCAGGGUCUGAAAACACUUAUACUUUGGAACAACAGACUAACACAUAAAGGGAUGAGUCAUCUCGCUGCUAUUCUACCUAAAUUAACUUGUCUGGAGACCCUGAAUUUAGGUCAUAAUCCACUGAGCGAUGAAGGAAUCCUUCGACUUAAAGAAGCGUUGAUAGCUAAUCGAUCAGUCGUUCGUUUAGGACUGGCGUCAACAGCAAUCACUUGCGAAGGUGCAGUAGCCACUGCUGAAUUUAUCGUGGAGAGUGCUAGGAUUCUGAGGCUGGAUCUGCGAAGGAACAGAAUUAGAACUGGAGGUCUGAUGGCUCUAUCUCUUGCACUGAGACAAAAUCAUUCACUGGUCAGACUGGAUUUGGACAAGGAACCAUUGGGUGAGACAGAAGAGUGGUUGAUUGAAACUCAGAAACUACAACUGGUUGAAAUUCUGAAAUGCUGCAAGAGAAACCUGCUCAUGAGACAAACAAAGAUGGAAGAAGAGAAGGAUGAGGACAAGAAGCCAGGACCAUCUUUUUAAUUAACCUUCAAGUAGAUUAGAAUAAAAUUUGAAAUGCAGGUUAGGUAAAAUUAACUAGUUGAGACCACCAUAACAUAGAAUAAAUCCCGCUCUGUGGUGAUUUUAGACGCCCAUAGUAAAUAAAGGCAAACAACGUAUUGAAAAUACUUGUCAUUGAUUUAGUGCAUGCAUGCAGAUACUGUACAUUCAAACACAGCAGAUACUCACAUGGCACAUAUCGAGAAUUUGUGUGCAAAUAUUGAUGUACGAACACCACCAUUACAGUCACAAUUUAUGUUACUAUAUCACUUCCAGAAAUUUUGUAGAAGUCACUUUUUUAAACAAGUUUCAAAAGAACACAAAAUUGAAUAAUUUUCAUGUUAGAAGAAACGUUUAUAAAAACUAACAUGUACAGAUUUAUUUGGAGACAGCAAGAACUGCAGAUGCUGCUGUCAGAGAUAACACAAUGUGUAGCUGGAGGAACACAGCAGGCAAGGCAGCAUCAGAGAAGAAGGAAAGUUGAUGUUUUUGGUUCGGGACCCUUCUGAAAAAAGGUCCUGACCUGAAACAUCAAUUUUACUGCUCCACUGAUGCUGCCUGGCCUACUGUGUUCCUUCAGCUCUACACUGUGUUGUCUGUUUAUAGACUUAUUUACAUGAUUCCUUUGGACAUUAAUAUAUGCCUCAACAUUUUUUCAAAAAGCUAUAUUUUUGAGUUAAUUAUCUUUU